GAAACCCACCGUGAACAAGGAAGGAAUUGUUUCAUAAUGCCUGGGGUUUGUGCAUCUUAAAACUUCCGCAUUUGCAAACUCAUGUAUUGAAUGUGUAAUCUGGUCAUUUGUCGCAUUGCUGGUUGUGGGAUCUUGCUGUUUCCAAAUUUGCUGCCACGCUCCCAUCAAUCCAUCAGUGGUUGUACUUCUUCAUUUGCAAAACGCUUUGGAAGUCAUGAACGGUGCUAUAUAAAUACUGUCUUCUAAAAUGCCUGAAGGACCCGAAAUCCACCUGGCCGCCAGGUUUGUUAACCAGGCCUGCAGCGGCACUGUAUUCUCGGGGCAAGUGGAAAAGUCUGUGGUGAGCAAAAACUGUGACGUGCCUUUCGAGUGUGACGCCUACCUCAUCUCCGCGGUGUCGAGAGGGAAAGAGGUCAAACUGACCCUUGCCCCCAUCAAAGAGGAGGAUGGCAAGGAAGGGAUCACGCCCAAUGGGGUGGAACGCGAGGAUGGGCUACCAGCGCCGAUGGAUGUCGUCUUCCGCUUUGGCAUGUCUGGCUCCUUCAAACUGACGACUGAGGAGGACAUCCCGAAACACGCCCACCUCAAGUUCUUCACCAAACAGGAACCCAGGCAGGUGUUGUGCUUUGUUGACCCCAGAAGGUUUGGGAGUUGGGAAGUCAACGGGAUCUGGCAGCCGGAUAGAGGACCGUGCGUGAUGCUCGAAUAUGAGAGGUUCAGAUCGAACGUGCUGACAAACCUAUCGGACAGAGCCUUUGACAAGCCGAUCUGUGAGGUGCUGUUGAAUCAGAAAUACUUCAACGGCAUUGGCAAUUACCUCCGAGCGGAGAUUCUCUUCAGGUCAAAAGUCCCCCCUUUUGAAAAAGCCCGGACUGUACUGGAACCUUUGCUGCACAAAGAAACGACGAAUGAGUUGCCUUUGAGCAAGAAGAUAAAGAUAAAGAUGGAGAAUCCUGAUCUUCUUGAGCUUUGUCACAUGCUUCCGAUGGAGGUUAUUAAUUUGGGUGGCAAGGGUUAUGAUCCCGAGCAUGUAGGUGAACCCUCUGCCUUUGAAGACUGGCUCCAAUGCUACUACGUCGAUGGAAUGCAGUUGUUACGUGACAGUAAUGGAAGAACCAUUUGGUUUCAGGGAAACCCAGGACCCAUGGCACCGAAAGGAUCCAAGACUCCUAAGCCCAAGUCUUGGGGCAGAAAGAAAACGGAUGGAAAUGGAAAGAAGACAUCCACAUCCGAGGAUUCCGACUCGAGCAAAGGGAAGGUGAAAUCGGAGCAGCGGAAAACUCGCAAGGUCCCCACGGAUCGUUCCCAGAGGAGGGGCCGGAGCUCCAGAGUGGAUAGGGGGCAGGCUGCCGAGAUGGUAGAGGCUGGCAAGGGAACUAGGAAAAUGGCUGCUCGGCGUGGGAAGAAAUCGGUGGCCAAACCAUCACCUCCCACGGAGGCUGUGACAGAUUCUGAAAGCCUGAACAAACAACAAAUGAAAUCUAGAACCAAAUCGAGGAAGCGGGCAACAAACGCUCUUGUAAAAUCUGAAUCUUUGGAUUAGAGCGGUUUUUGCAGAGCUAUCGGCAAGCAGAUCAGGAGCUACUUUGCACAAUUGCAUCUGUUGGGUUACAUUCCCAAGGAGAUGACAAUUCCUGAUUUCUACCCAUCCACUGCUCCCCGCCCACCCUUUGGACUACAUAGUGUGAACCUCGUUAAGCAAUAAGUGGUUUUUUAAAAUUAUAUUCUAUUUUUUAAAUGUAUGUCUAGUUGUUUUUUUAACUGGAAUAAAUUCUCAGCCAUGUUUUAAUUAAAAA